CGUUAUUCUUACACUUUUACCGCCAUUACGUAUAUUUCAAAACGUUCAGGAUCAUCAAAAUUUCAUAUAGAUUAUGCGCGGUUUAAGCUAACAUUGCCGGCAUUUGAACUCUGUAUGCCAUCGGUGCAUAGAGGGCUACAUAACAAUAGUAGUUUUUGAGGUGCGUACACAUAAGUGCUCUUUAUUCUUGGACUUAUUAAAAAUCCGAACACACUGAUAAACCUUCAUGAAUGAUAUGAGCAUAAAGAAACCAGGCGUCUUUACGUGGGCGCCAUACUCUAUCAUUUUUUGCCUGGCUUCUUCUUAGAUUUACUAACUCGUGUAAUGGGCGGCAGACCUAUUUUAAUACGUUUACAUAAGAGCGUCUGGAAUUCUUUGAAUACUUUAGAGAAAUUUAUCUUCACCGAAUGGCAUUACAGCAACAAGCAUACAAUGGCUUUGGGUAAAAAUAUUUCAGCGCAAGACCAGGAACGCUUCUUCUUGGAUAUUGCUGAAUUAAAUUGGGAUGAAUACUUCGAAAACACCAAAAUGGGCAUGUUAAUUUUCGUGUGUGAAUGAAGUCAGCAAUUGUAAUUUCGAGAUUAUGCGAAAUAUUGUUCUGCAGCAACUUCUUGAAACUUCCAGACAGUUAAUAGUUGCCUAUCCUUGAUGUACUAAGAGCCACCUCAAAUUUUUUUAGUUUGUUUUGCCAAACAUUCGGCAGUCAGCGGCUGUGCUAUUGACAUGUAUCCGCGGCAGUAGCUUUCAUCAUUGAUUGAAAUCAAUAAUUUCGCUUCCGAGACAUUGCGGAUAUUGUUUUGCGGCGACUGCUUGCACAUUCCAGGUACUUUUUUUGUAUUAUUUACAUAUUGUUU